AUAAUAAAAUAAUAAAUUAACCAAAGAGCACAUAAAAGGUUCCUAUGUAGAUAUUUUAAACCUAUUUAUAUUGUAAUGAGAGACUGUCGACUUCUAUAGCUAGAUAUUUUUUUGCUCGAACCUCACGGCAUAAACCUUUGUCAGUGUGUUUAAUUCUAGUCAGAUAUUACGAAACUAUAUUGUCCACAUCGUUCCGACCUCAUAUCAGAGGUGUCAAUUUUUAUGUUAUUGAUUUGUCAUAGUCUGAUCUCAUAGAGAUUGAAAAUAUACUAUAGAUUGCCUUAAGACUAAUUUGUUAGACUAAUUUGUAACCUAAAUCUGUUCCAUAAAAACUCAGGCAUGAGUAUGGCUACUCUGAUGCCAGACUACACCAUUAAUGAAAAUUUAUUAGUGGCGGUGGAGGUAUUGUCAUCAUAAGUUGCCUGGCAUCAAAGCUUCGGAGCUGGCUGAAGCUGAUGGCCUAAAAUCAAGCAGCAUAGGUUGUCAUCAAAAUAAUUUAAAAUAUAAAAUUAUUAAUUUAUAUAUGGAAAUAAACAACAUUUAAAAAAAAAAAAAUUAGAGGGUUAAACAGUAUUAUAAAAAAGAAUUAUUUCUUAUAACAGUUGAUUUUUAUCAGUAGGAUAUAUUAAUUCUUGAUUUUGUAAUCAUGGACAUGAGGCCAAAUCCCACGGUCGAUAACUCGCAGCAGCAUCAGUAUCAGUAUCAGCGCCAUGCAAUUGCUGCUCCAUCGAAGCAGCCCGCUGCUCCUACUAAACCGGUCGAUAUCUCCUCCGUUUCUCAAAGGUUACAGAAGGAAUUGAUGUCUCUCAUUAUGAGUGGAGAAGAUCUAGGUGUGUCAGCAUUUCCUGAAGGCGAGUGCAUUUUCACAUGGUGUGGCAAAAUUGAGGGUGGAAAGGGAACUGUGUAUGAGGGUUUAUCAUACAAGCUUUCUUUGCAUUUUCCUCUGGACUAUCCCUUUAAACCACCAAAAGUCAAAUUUGAGACAAAUUGCUUUCAUCCAAACGUUGAUCAGUAUGGCAAAAUAUGCCUAGACAUACUCCAGAGCAUCACUUUAUGUCUCUUAGGAGAAGUGGUCUUCAGCUUACGAUUGCAGAACAAUCCUUUUAUCCAUUCAGAGUCUAUUGGGAGGUCUGUUUUCUAUUUUUCUACAUGUUUGAGCUUUGUUUUUGAUGAUUUCUUUAUCGGACCAUUCAGUUCUUGUGCAGAACCUAAUCCAGACAGUCCUCUCAACAGCUAUGCUGCAAAAUUAUGGAAUAAUAAGGAAGAUUACAAGAAAAUGGUCCACAAACAGUACUAUGCUGGAUAAUUAUUUAGGAGCUGAUCUGCAGAAUUCUUAUAACAGAUAACAUCUAAAAUGUUACACUGCCACGGCUUUGCUUGUAAGUGUUCAAGGGAAGUCUCGAGUGAGUUCUUCUAUUCGCAAUUCUCUCAAAUGAGAACUUGUCAAUGUGAAACAGAUGCUGUCUCCCACUCUGAUCAAAAUGAGUUGAUAUUCUUUGAUGUAAAAUUUUCAAAAUCAAAUGAGAAUAUUUCACUUCAUCAUCA